ACUUGUGUUCCGCUCCUGCCCGCGGCGCCCUGGCCCAUUCAUUGCUGCGCUGCUGAGCGGCGCCGCGUCGCGGUAGUGGGCUUUAGGUCGCUGGGGGCUAACCCGUGGGUCCGGAGGCCACCAUGGCGACCCUGGAGAAGCUGAUGAAGGCCUUCGAAUCCCUCAAGUCGUUCCAGCAGCAGCAGCAAAAGAAGGAACUUGCAGCCACCAAAAAAGACCGGGUGAAUCAUUGUCUGACAAUAUGUGAAAACAUAGUGGCACAAUCUCUCAGAAAUUCUCCAGAAUUUCAGAAACUUCUCGGUAUCGCUAUGGAACUUUUUCUGCUGUGUAGUGAUGAUGCGGAGUCAGAUGUCAGGAUGGUGGCUGAUGAAUGCCUCAACAAAGUUAUAAAAGCUUUGAUGGAUUCUAAUCUGCCAAGGCUACAGUUAGAACUCUAUAAGGAAAUUAAAAAGAAUGGGGCCCCUCGAAGUCUGCGUGCUGCCCUUUGGAGGUUUGCUGAGCUGGCUCACCUGGUUCGACCUCAGAAAUGCAGGCCUUACCUGGUGAAUCUCCUGCCAUGCUUAACUCGAACAAGCAAGAGACCCGAGGAAUCGGUCCAGGAGACCUUGGCUGCAGCUAUUCCCAAAAUUAUGGCUUCUUUUGGCAAUUUUGCAAAUGACAAUGAAAUUAAGGUCCUGUUAAAGGCUUUCAUAGCAAAUCUGAAAUCAAAUUCCCCCACUGUCCGUCGCACCGCAGCUGGCUCUGCAGUGAGUAUCUGCCAGCACUCCAGGAGGACUCAGUACUUCUACAGCUGGCUUCUGAAUGUGCUCCUAGGUCUGCUGGUACCUGUGGAGGAAGAGCACUCCACACUCCUGAUCCUCGGCGUGCUGCUCACAUUGAGGUAUCUGGUGCCUUUACUACAGCAGCAGGUCAAGGACACAAGCCUGAAAGGCAGCUUUGGGGUGACACGGAAAGAAAUGGAAGUCUCUCCUUCUGCUGAGCAGCUUGUUCAGGUGUAUGAACUGACUUUGCAUCACACGCAACACCAAGACCACAAUGUGGUGACAGGAGCACUGGAGCUCCUACAGCAGCUCUUCCGCACCCCACCGCCGGAGCUGCUGCAGGCACUGACCAUGCCAGGUGGGCUUGGACAGCUAGCUGCAGCUCAAGAGGAGGCCCAGGGCCGAGACCGCAGUGGGAGCAUUGUGGAACUUCUAGCCGGAGGGGGUUCUUCAUGCAGCCCUAUCCUUUCAAGGAAGCAAAAAGGUAAAAUACUGUUAGGAGAAGAAGAAGCCCUGGAAGACGACUCAGAAUCAAGAUCUGACGUCAGCAGCGCAGCCUUUGCAGCCUCAGUGAAGGGUGAGAUCGGUGGAGAGCUGGCUGCCUCUCCGGGGGUCUCCACUCCUGGGUCUGUGGGUCAUGACAUCAUUACGGAGCAGCCUCGUUCACAGCACACGCUGCAGGCAGACUCUGUGGACCUCUCUGGCUGUGACUUGACUAGUGCUGCCACCGAUGGAGAUGAGGAGGACAUCUUGAGCCACAGCUCCAGCCAGAUCAGUGCAGUUCCAUCUGACCCUGCUCUGGACCUAAAUGAUGGGACCCAGGCCUCCUCACCUAUCAGUGACAGCUCCCAGACCACUACUGAAGGGCCUGACUCGGCCGUGACACCCUCCGACAGUUCUGAAAUUGUGUUAGAUGGUGCUGACAACCAGUGCCCCAGCAUGCAGCUCGGCCAGCCACAGGAGGACGAGGGAGCUGAAUGUGUUCUUCCUGGUGGAGACUCGAGUGCUUUCAGAAACUCCUCCCUGGCACUUCAGAAGGUACAGUUAUUGGAGAGCAUGGGUCACAGCAGGCAGCUUUCUGACAGCAGUGUUGAUAAAUUUGUGUCAAGAGAUGAAGCGCCUGAACCAGGCGACACAGACACCAAGCCUUGCCGAAUCAAAGGUGAUAUCGGACACUCUACCGAUGAUGAUUCUGCUCCUCUGGUCCAUUGUGUUCGCCUUUUAUCGGCAUCAUUUUUGUUAACUGGGAAAAAGAAUGCCCUGGUUCCAGACAGAGACGUGAGGGUCAGUGUUAAGGCUCUGGCCCUCAGCUGUGUUGGAGCAGCCGUGGCCCUUCAUCCGGAGUCUUUUUUCAGCAGACUUUAUAAAGCACCCCUUGCUCCCAUGGAGUACCCUGAGGAGCAGUAUGUCUCAGACAUCUUGAACUAUAUUGAUCAUGGAGACCCACAGGUCAGAGGAGCCACGGCCAUUCUCUGUGGGACACUCAUCUGCUCCAUCCUCAGCCGCUCCCGCUUCCAGGUGGGGGACUGGCUUGGCACCAUCAGAGUUCUAACAGGAAAUAGAUUUUCUUUGGCAGACUGCAUUCCUUUGCUGAGGAAAACUUUGAAGGAUGAGUCUUCUGUUACCUGUAAGCUGGCCUGUACAGCUGUGAGGCACUGUGUCAUGAGUCUCUGCAGCAGCAGCUACAGUGACCUGGGAUUACAGCUGCUCAUUGAUGUGCUGUCUCUGAGGAAUAGCCCCUACUGGCUGCUGAGGACAGAGCUGUUGGAGACUCUUGCUGAGAUCGACUUCAGGCUGGUGAGCUUUUUGGAGGCAAAAGCAGAAAGCUUGCACAGAGGGGCUCAUCAUUACACAGGGCUUUUAAAACUGCAAGAACGAGUCCUCAAUAAUGUGGUCAUCUAUUUGCUUGGGGAUGAAGACCCCAGGGUGCGACAUGUUGCUGCAGCUUCAUUAGUAAGGUUGGUUCCAAAGCUGUUUUAUAAAUGUGACCAAGGACAGGCAGAUCCCGUAGUGGCUGUGGCAAGAGAUCAAAGUAGUGUUUACCUGAAGCUGCUCAUGCACGAGACGCAGCCUCCGUCGCACUUCUCCGUCAGCACCAUUACCAGAAUAUAUAGAGGUUAUAGCUUACUACCAAGCAUAACAGAUGUCACCAUGGAAAAUAACCUGUCAAGAGUUAUUGCUGCAGUUUCUCAUGAGCUGAUCACAUCAACCACUAGGGCACUCACAUUUGGAUGCUGUGAAGCUUUGUGUCUUCUUUCUGCAGCUUUUCCAGUUUGUGUCUGGAGUUUAGGUUGGCAUUGUGGAGCGCCCCCACUCAGUGCCCCCGACGACUCUAGGAAAAGCUGUACCGUGGGGAUGGCCACCAUGAUUCUCACCUUGCUCUCGUCAGCGUGGUUCCCAUUGGAUCUCUCAGCCCAUCAAGACGCCUUGGUUUUGGCUGGAAACUUGCUUGCAGCCAGUGCCCCCAAGUCUCUGAGAAGUUCAUGGACCUCUGAAGAAGAAGCCAACCCAACAGCCACCAGACAAGAGGAGGUGUGGCCAGCUUUAGGUGACCGGACACUGGUGCCCAUGGUCGAGCAGCUCUUCUCCCACCUGCUGAAGGUGAUCAAUAUCUGUGCUCACGUCUUGGAUGAUGUGACUCCGGGGCCAGCAAUUAAGGCAGCCUUGCCUUCUCUAGCAAACCCCCCUUCCCUAAGUCCCAUCCGGCGAAAGGGGAAGGAGAGAGAACCAGAACAGGUAUCUGUUCCACCCAGUCCCAAGAAAGGCAAUGAGGCCAAUACAGCCUCUCGACAAUCAGAUUCCUCAGGCCCUGUCACAGCAAGUAAAUCUUCCUCAGUGGGCAGUUUCUACCAUCUCCCAUCCUACCUCAGACUGCAUGAUGUCCUGAAGGCCACUCACGCCAACUACAAGGUCACUUUGGAUCUUCAGAACAGCACUGAGAAGUUUGGGGGGUUCCUGCGCUCUGCCUUGGACGUUCUUUCUCAGAUUCUAGAGCUGGCGACACUGCAGGACAUUGGGAAGUGUGUUGAAGAGAUCCUUGGUUACCUGAAAUCCUGUUUUAGUCGAGAGCCAAUGAUGGCAACGGUUUGCGUUCAGCAGCUACUGAAGACGCUCUUUGGAACAAACUUGGCUUCCCAGUUUGACAGCUUAUCUUGGAACCCCAGCAAGUCUCAAGGCCGAGCCCAGCGCCUGGGCUCUUCGAGUAUGAGACCAGGCUUGUAUCACUACUGCUUCAUGGCUCCAUACACCCACUUUACACAAGCCCUGGCAGAUGCCAGCCUGAGGAACAUGGUGCAGGUGGAGCAGGAGCAUGACGCCUCGGGAUGGUUUGAUGUACUCCAGAAAGUGUCCACCCAAUUGAAGACUAACCUCACAAGCGUCACAAAGAAUCGAGCUGAUAAGAACGCUAUUCACAACCAUAUUCGUUUAUUUGAACCCCUUGUUAUAAAAGCUUUAAAACAGUACACCACUACAACAUCUGUGCAGUUGCAGAAGCAGGUUUUGGAUUUGCUGGCACAGCUGGUUCAGCUACGGGUCAAUUACUGUCUCCUGGAUUCAGAUCAGGUGUUCAUUGGAUUUGUGUUGAAACAAUUUGAAUACAUCGAAGUAGGCCAAUUCAGGGAAUCAGAGGCAAUUAUUCCAAACAUCUUUUUCUUCCUGGUAUUACUAUCUUAUGAGCGUUACCAUUCAAAACAGAUCAUCGGGAUUCCUAAGAUCAUUCAGCUGUGCGACGGCAUCAUGGCCAGUGGGAGGAAGGCUGUGACACAUGCCAUACCAGCUCUGCAGCCCAUAGUUCAUGACCUCUUUGUGUUAAGGGGAACAAAUAAGGCUGAUGCAGGCAAAGAGCUUGAAACCCAGAAGGAAGUGGUGGUGUCGAUGUUGUUGAGACUCAUCCAGUACCAUCAGGUGCUGGAGAUGUUCAUCCUUGUCCUGCAGCAGUGCCACAAAGAGAGUGAGGACCGGUGGAAGCGCCUCUCCCGGCAGGUCGCCGACAUCAUCCUGCCUAUGUUAGCCAAGCAGCAGAUGCAUAUUGAUUCUCAUGAAGCCCUUGGAGUGUUAAAUACCUUAUUUGAGAUUUUGGCCCCUUCCUCCCUCCGUCCUGUGGACAUGCUUUUGCGGAGUAUGUUUGUCACGCCAAGUACAAUGGCAUCUGUGAGCACUGUUCAACUGUGGAUAUCUGGAAUCCUAGCCAUUCUGAGGGUUCUCAUUUCCCAGUCAACUGAAGAUAUUGUUCUUUCUCGUAUUCAGGAGCUCUCCUUCUCUCCCUAUUUAAUCUCCUGUCCGGUAAUCAACCGUUUAAGAGAUGGAGACAGUAGCUCAACAAUGGGAGAACACACUGAAAGGAAACAAGUGAAGUGUUUGCCAGAAGAAAUAUUCUCAAGGUUUCUGUUACAGCUGGCUGGUGUUCUUCUAGAGGACAUUGUUACAAAACAACUGAAAGUGGAAAUGAGUGAACAGCAGCAUACUUUCUACUGCCAGGAAUUAGGCACACUGCUCAUGUGCCUCAUCCACAUCUUCAAGUCUGGAAUGUUCCGGAGAAUAACAGCAGCUGCCACUAAACUCUUCAGCAGCGACAGUGGUGAGGGCAGCUUCUACACCCUAGAGAGUCUGAACACGCGCGUGCGCUCCAUGGUGCCCACGCACCCGGCCCUGGUGCUCCUCUGGUGCCAGAUCCUGCUGCUUGUCAACCACACAGACCACUGCUGGUGGGCAGAGGUGCAACAGACUCCCAAGAGACACAGUCUGUCCUGCACAAAGCCGCUCAGCCCCCAGAUGUCUGACGAGGAGGAUUCUGACUCAGCAGCCCAACUUGGAAUGUGCAACAGAGAGAUUGUGCGAAGGGGAGCCCUCAUUCUCUUCUGUGAUUAUGUCUGUCAGAAUCUCCAUGACUCAGAGCACCUAACGUGGCUCAUUGUGAAUCACAUUCAAGAUCUGAUCAGCCUGUCCCAUGAGCCUCCAGUCCAGGACUUUAUUAGUGCAAUUCAUCGGAAUUCUGCUGCCAGUGGCCUUUUUAUCCAGGCAAUCCAAUCUCGUUGUGAAAAUCUUUCAACGCCAACCACUCUGAAGAACACGCUGCAGUGCUUGGAAGGCAUUCACCUCAGCCAGUCGGGCGCUGUGCUCACACUGUAUGUGGACAGGCUCCUGGGCACCCCCUUCCGCGCACUGGCUCGCAUGGUUGACACCCUGGCCUGCCGCCGGGUAGAAAUGCUUUUGGCUGCAAAUUUACAGAGCAGCAUGGCCCAAUUACCAGUAGAAGAGCUGAACAGAAUCCAGGAGCACCUCCAGAGCAGUGGGCUCGCGCAGAGACAUCAAAGGCUCUAUUCCCUGCUGGACAGGUUCCGACUCUCCACUGUGCAAGAUUCCCUCAGCCCCCUACCUCCGGUCACUUCCCACCCGCUGGACGGGGACGGGUACAUGCCACUGGAAACGGUGAUUCCAGACAAAGACUGGUACCUCCGUCUGGUCAGAUCACAAUGUUGGACCAAGUCAGAUUCUGCACUGCUGGAAGGUGCGGAGCUGGUGAAUCGCAUCCCUGCUGAAGACAUGAGCGUGUUCAUGAUGAGCUCGGCCCUGGCAUGGCACUUGGUCCACGAGCAGAUCCCACUGAGUCUGGACCUCCAAGCGGGGCUGGACUGCUGCUGCCUGGCACUGCAGGCUCCUGGCCUCUGCAGUAUGAUCUCCUCUGCAGAGUUCGUGACCCACGUCUGCUCCCUCAUCCACUGUGUGCGAUUCCUCCUUGAAGCUAUUGUGGUACAGCCUGGAGACCAGCUCCUCAGUCCAGAAAGCAGACUGAACACUCCAACUACUGUCAGAGAGGAGAAGGUGGACUCAGACACACAAAACCCCAGGUGUGUGGCUGUGGCCUGUGAGAUGGUGGCCGAGAUGGUGGAGUCUCUGCAGUCAGUUCUGGCCUUAGGCCACAAGAGGAAUGGCAGCGUGCCCGCAUUUCUCACAGCGGUGCUGAAGAACAUUGUCAUCAGCCUGGCCCGCCUCCCCCUUGUCAACAGCUACACCCGUGUGCCCCCACUGGUGUGGAAACUCGGAUGGUCGCCCAAACCAGGAGGGGAUUUUGGCACCGUGUUUCCUGAGAUCCCUGUGGAAUUCCUCCAGGAGAAGGAAAUCUUCAAAGAGUUCAUCUACCGCAUCAACACCCUGGGGUGGACUAGUCGGACUCAGUUUGAAGAAACUUGGGCCACUCUCCUUGGUGUCCUGGUGACGCAGCCGCUUGUGCUGGAGCAAGAGGAAAGCCCACCGGAGGAAGACAUGGAGAGGACCCAGAUCCACGUGCUGGCCGUGCAGGCCAUUACCUCCCUGGUGCUCAGUGCCAUGACUGUACCUGUGGCUGGCAACCCCGCUGUGAGCUGCUUGGAACAACAGCCGAGGAACAAACCCCUGAAAGCACUCGACACCAGGUUUGGGAGAAAAUUGAGUGUGAUCAGGGGGGUUGUAGAGCAGGAGAUUCAAGCCAUGGUUUCUCGGAGAGAAAACAUCGCCACCCAUCACCCUUACCAGGCCUGGGAUCCGGUCCCCUCCCUGUCCCCAGCUACUACAGGUGCCCUCAUCAGCCACGACAAGCUGCUGCUGCAGACCAACCCGGAGCGCGAGCUGGGCAACAUGAGCUACAAGCUGGGCCAGGUGUCCAUACACUCGGUAUGGCUGGGGAACAACAUCACACCAUUGAGAGAGGAGGAAUGGGAUGAGGAGGAGGAGGAGGAAGCUGAUAUCCCCGCACCAGCAUCUCCUCCCGUGUCUCCAGUCAACUCCAGGAAGCACCGGGCUGGAGUCGAUAUCCACUCGUGCUCGCAGUUUUUGCUUGAAUUAUACAGCCGAUGGAUCCUACCGUCCAGCUCUGCCAGAAGGACCCCGGUCAUCCUCAUCAGUGAAGUGGUUCGAUCGCUUCUCGUGGUCUCAGACUUGUUCACCGAACGCACCCAGUUUGAGAUGAUGUACCUGACGCUGACAGAGCUGCGGAGGGUGCACCCUUCAGAAGAUGAGAUCCUUGUUCAGUACCUGGUGCCUGCCACCUGCAAGGCAGCCGCUGUGCUCGGCAUGGACAAGGCUGUGGCGGAGCCAGUCAGCCGUCUGCUGGAGAGCACACUCAGGAGCAGCCACCUGCCCAGCCAGAUCGGAGCCCUGCAUGGCGUCCUGUACGUGCUGGAGUGCGACCUCCUGGAUGACACCGCGAAGCAGCUCAUCCCGGUCGUCAGCGACUACCUCCUGUCUAACCUCAAAGGGGCAGCCCACUGCGUGAACGUUCACAGCCAGCAGCACGUGCUGGUGAUGUGUGCCACCGCGUUCUACCUAAUCGAGAACUAUCCUCUAGAUGUGGGGCCGGAGUUUUCUGCAUCUAUAAUACAGAUGUGUGGAGUGAUGCUGACUGGCAGCGAGGACUCCACCCCGUCCACCAUUUACCACUGCGCCUUGCGCGGCCUGGAGCGCCUCCUGCUGUCGGAGCAGCUCUCCCGGCUGGACACAGAGUCCCUGGUCAAGCUGAGUGUGGACAGGGUGAACGUGCACAGCCCGCACCGGGCCAUGGCAGCGCUAGGCCUGAUGCUCACCUGCAUGUACACAGGAAAGGAGAAAGCCAGUCCAGGCAGAGCUUCGGACCCCAGCCCUGCAGCCCCGGACAGUGAGUCCGUGAUCGUCGCUAUGGAGCGCGUGUCUGUUCUCUUUGACAGGAUCAGGAAGGGGUUUCCUUGUGAAGCCAGGGUGGUGGCAAGGAUCCUGCCUCAGUUCCUGGACGACUUCUUCCCGCCCCAGGAUGUCAUGAACAAAGUCAUCGGAGAGUUUCUGUCCAGCCAACAGCCGUACCCGCAGUUCAUGGCCACCGUGGUGCACAAGGUGUUCCAGACUCUGCACAGCGCCGGACAGUCAUCGAUGGUCCGGGAUUGGGUCAUGCUGUCCCUGUCCAACUUCACGCAGAGAACGCCUGUCGCCAUGGCCAUGUGGAGCCUCUCCUGCUUUUUUGUCAGCGCGUCCACCAGCUUCUGGGUUUCAGCGAUCCUUCCGCACCUCAUCAGCAGGAUGGGCAAGCUGGAGCAGGUGGAUGUGAACCUUUUCUGCCUGGUUGCCACAGACUUCUACAGACACCAGAUAGAGGAGGAGUUUGAUCGCAGGGCCUUCCAGUCUGUGUUUGAAGUGGUUGCCACACCAGGAGGCCCGUAUCAUCGGCUACUUACGUGCUUGCGAAAUGUCCAUAAGGUCACCGCCUGCUGAGCACCUGUGGCAGGAAGGCUUAGUAGCUGCAGGAGCCAGAGCCCGGGAGCCUGGGCCGAGCGUGCAAGCACACGCCUGCCUCACCUGUGGCUGCCUGGACCACCACAGGCUUCUGCUUGCAUUGUUGGGGGGCAGCUAGCAGUGUGGGAUAACUCAUAGCAGCAGUGCUCUGCAGCGGCGGCAGCAGCCAUGCAGGGAAUGUGCGUGUUGGGGGUGGAGCUUGCGUCCUGCGUCCUGGCCCUACUGUCUCUGGUGCCAGUCUCAGCCAGUGGGGUGUGCGUCCUUCGAGUGCUCACCAGGCGGCAGCUGCCCUGGGGCAGGAGUCUUGGCUCUGAGCCCUCCUGUCCCGCAGGCAGACUCCCACCAGCCCUGUGGGCUGGCACACGUUCGUGUCUCCCGAACAGGGUACGCCUGGUGCACCGGUGUCCGCACACAGACGCUGUGGUGUGCAGCCAGCUGGGGCUGGGGUGCCGGGCGCCUAGCGCCUGUCUCCCGUUCUCUGUUGUUCUCAGGACUUAAAACUUAAUUAUCUGUAAGUAAAGAGAUUAAUUUUAAAUGUAA